UAAACUUGAAGGCGGGGCGGCCCGGGGGCUCGGUCGGCAACGUUGAUCCUCUUCGUUUUCCUUGGGUUGCAACUGACAGGAUGGCCGAGGAGGCUGCUGUGGCUGUCUGUGUCCGUGUGAGACCUCUCAACAGCAGAGAAGAACUUGAAGAAACCACCCACGUUUACUGGAAAACAGAUAGCAAUACUAUUUAUCAGAGCGAUGGGGGUAAAUCGUUCCAAUUUGAUCGUGUCUUUCAUAGUGAAGAAACCACUAAGAAUGUGUAUGAAGAGAUCGCAGUGCCGAUCAUCAGCUCUGCCAUACAAGGCUACAAUGGUACUAUAUUUGCCUAUGGGCAAACUGCAUCAGGAAAAACACAUACGAUGAUGGGUUCUGAAGAUUGUUUGGGAGUUAUACCCAGGGCAAUUCAUGACAUUUUCAAGAGGAUUAAGAAGUUUCCUGAGAGAGAAUUUCUCCUACGGGUUUCUUACAUGGAGAUAUACAAUGAAACCAUUACAGACUUACUCUGUAAUGCUCAAAAAAUGAAACCUUUGAUAAUUCGGGAAGACAUCAACAGGAACGUCUAUGUUGCUGAUCUCACAGAAGAAGUAGUUUAUACAGCAGAAAUGGCUUUGAAAUGGCUCGCAACAGGAGAAAAGAACAGACAUUAUGGAAUAACCAAAAUGAAUCAAAGGAGCAGUCGUUCUCAUACGAUUUUUAGGAUGAUUUUGGAAAGCAGGGAAAAGGGUGAGUCUUCUAAUUGUGAUGGAUCAAUCAAGGUAUCUCAUCUGAAUUUGGUGGAUCUUGCAGGCAGUGAAAGAGCUGCUCAAACAGGAGCUGAAGGUGUGCGAUUGAAGGAAGGCUGUUUUAUAAAUCGGAACUUGUUGAUUUUGGGACAAGUAAUUAAGAAACUCAGUGAUGGGCAGGUUGGCGGUUUCAUAAAUUAUCGAGAUAGCAAAUUAACUCGAAUUCUUCAAAAUUCCUUGGGAGGAAAUGCGAAGACACGCAUCAUCUGCACAAUUACUCCAGUGUCAUUUGAUGAAACUCUGACCACCCUCCAGUUUGCUAGCACAGCUAAGUAUAUGAAGAAUACUCCUUAUGUUAAUGAAGUGUCAAAUGAUGAAGCUCUCCUGAAAAGAUACAGAAGAGAAAUAGUGGAUCUUAAAAAACAAUUAGAGGAGGUAAAUACAAAGACUCGGGCACAGGAAAUGGAAAAGGAUCAACUGGCCCAGCUUCUGGAUGAAAAAGACUUGCUUCAGAAAGUUCAGGAUGAGAAAAUUCAGAACCUGAAGCGGAUGCUGGUGACAUCAUCUUCUCUUGCAAUGCAGCAGGACCUAGAGAUUAAAAAGAAACGAAGAGUUACUUGGUGCUAUGGCAAAAUGAAGGAUUCAAACUAUGAAAAGGAAUUUAAAAUCCCAACGAACAUAACAACAAGAAAACGUAAAACUUCUGUGACUUCUUUGAGAGAGAAUUCUAUCAUGAAGUUGGGAGAGAGCGCACUGUCUUGGGAGUCUGAAGUGUUCAGUAACACUCUGGAGCCGUUGCCUGAGGACGAGUGGAGCUCGGCCUCCGUGCUCCUAAGCGAGGAAAACGUAGAAAGUGAGUUGAACUCACUUAAUGCCCAAUAUAAUGAUCUCGUAUUAGACUAUGAACAGUUAAGAAGAGAAAAUGAAGACUUGAAAUUGAAAUUAAAAGAAAAAAAUGAGUUAGAGGAAUUUGAGUUUCUAGAACAGAAAGAAGAAAAAGAUCAAGAGAUGCAACUAAUGCAUGAAGUUUCCAACUUAAAGAAUUUAAUUAAACAUGCAGAAGAAUAUAAUCAAGAUCUUGAGAAUGAACUAAGUUCAAAAGUGGAGCUUCUUAAAGAAAAAGAGGACCAGAUUAAGAACCUGCAAGAAUACAUAGAUGCCCAGAAGUCAGAAAAGAUGAAGAUAGACGUGUCAUACUCAUCGGACGCCACUGAAGACCUGAAACAGGCAAUGCGCACUCUAUCUGAUUUGGACAUAGUAGCCCUUGACGCCAAGAGAGAGGCAUCCUUCCUUAGAAGUGAAAAUAUGGAGCUGAAGGAGAAAAUUAAUGAACUUUCAAAUUCUUGUAAGCAAAUGGAAAAUGACAUUCAGAUGUAUCAACACCAACUGGAAGCAAAAAAGAAAAUGAAAACUGAUCUGGAUAAGGAAUUACAGUUGGCUUUUCAAGAAAUAUCAAAACUCAGCGCCCUGGUAGACGGCAAAGGUUUAUCCUCUAAUUUAGAAUUGGAAAAAAGGAUUACUGAUCUCCAAAAAGAACUAAAUAAAGAAGUUCAAGAAAAAGAAACUUUGCAAAAAGAAGUUACCUUGCUGUCGGAGUUGAAAUCUUUACCGUCCGAGGUGGAAAUGCUGAGGAGAGAGCUGCAUGAGAAAUCUGAAGAGCUCUGUGUAAUAACAACAGAAAGAGAAAAAUUGUUUUCUGAAAUAGCUCAUAAAGACAGUAGAAUUCAAGGUUUACUUGAGGAGAUUGGAAACACUAAAGAUGACCUUGCGGCUUCCCGGCUGAGUCAGAGGGGCAGUGAGGAGGAAUGGCAGGCCCUGAGGAGCCUACACACGGAGCUGGAGCGCAGGCAUGAGGGGGCCCUGGAGGAGAGCGAGAGGGCGAAGCAGGAGAUGGCAACUCUCUCCCAAGAAGCAGAGCGCCUGGCUUUAAGUUUGGAUUCCAUGAGGGCCGAGCUUUCUCACAAGACUCAAGAGCUUGAGCAGAAAACAGUCGAGGCUCAAGAAAGGCUGACUAAAAUGGAGGAGCUGAGAGAGGAGCUGGAGAGCAGAGACUCCAGCCUGCAGUCUGUAGAGAAGGAGAAAGCCCUACUCACGGAGCAGCUGCGGCAAACCUUGGAGGAAGUGCAAGCCUUAACCCAAGAAAAGAAAGACCUGCAGCAGCUCCAGAAGAGCCUGCAGACUGAGAGGGACCAACUCAAAAGUGACAUUCAGGACACCGUGAACAUGAACAUAGAUACUCAAGAACAGUUAUUAAAUGCUCUCGAGUCUUUGAAACAACACCAAGAAACAAUUAACACACUGAAAAAGAAAGCUGCUGAGGAAAUGCCCGGUAAUUUGCAUACAAAGGCCAGUGGAGGAGCUAGAGAUGAAGCUCAGGCAAAGAUGGAUGACAUAGAUGAACAGAAUCUGCUGGCUGAAAGUGCCCACACAUUGGUCGUUGGUAGUAAGGACAAUGAAGGAACUGAGGAACAGAGGAAAAUAGACUCUCUAAUGCAGGAGAAUAGUGGACUCCAACAGACACUGGAAAGUGUUAGAGCAGAAAAGGAACAACUGAAGAUGGACCUAAAGGAAAAUAUUGAAAUGAGUAUUGAAAACCAGGAACAGUUAAGAGUUCUUAGAGAUGAGCUUAAAAGGCAUCAAGAGAUAGCUGCACAGGAAAAAGAUCAUGCCAAGGAGAAGAGAGAAGAGCUCUCCAGGGCGCAGGAGAGCCUGGCAGAAAUGGAAGAGAAGCUAAAGGACAAGGACCAGAAACUCCAAGAGACACAACAGCAACUUCUUAGUACACAAGAAGCUAUGAGUAAGAUGCGGGCAGAGGCAACUGAAGUGGAGAGCUUAGAGAAUGAAUUCAGGAGCCAAGGAUUGGCAUUGAAGCGUGUGGAAACAGAGAGACUUGAGUUAGCUCAGAAACUUCAUGAAAAUUAUGAGGAGAUGAAAGCUAUAACCAAAGAAAGAAACGAUCUGAAAGAAUUACUGGAGUCAUUUGAAAUAGAGAAAAAGCAACUUAAAGAACAUGCAAGAGAAAUAGAAGCUGCAGGCCUACAAACAAAAGAAGAACUAAACAUUGCCCACGCAAAUCUAAAAGAGUACCAAGAAAUCAUCAAAGAGCUAAGAAGAGGCAUUUCUGAAAAGGAAGCUCAAGCAGCAACCUCUCAGGACACAGCAAAAUCCUACCCUGAGUUACAGGGAGAGCAUCUAGAAACUGAAGAGGAACUUAACCUUGCUCAUCGUUGCCUGAAAGACCAAGAGAAGAAAAUUGACACUCUAAUAAUGAGCCUCUCCCAGAAGGAAGCUGAGCUGUCAAGUAUGCGGGGACAACUGGAGUCGACCACUGCUGAACUAGAGAGAAAGGUAAAGGUCCAAGAACUCUGUGAGAAGCAGGAACAACUUAAUCUAAGAGAAACUCGUGAGGCUCAGGGGAGGAAGGAUGAACUAGAGCAAGUCAGGGCUCUUCUCCUUGCCAAGGACACAGCCCUGCAGAGUGUGGAGAGUGACAGGCUCCACUUGAGUAAACAACUUGAGGAAAGUCAAGAGGAAAUACAACUUCUAAUUAAGGAAAGAGAAGAGCUGAGAAGAACACAAGAGGCCCUUCAUGUGGAAAGUGAGCGGCAGAAAGAGAGCAUCAAGGAAAUGGGCGCUAAGCUCCAAGAACUUCAAGACAAAGAGUCUGAAUGUCUUGUGAUGAAGACUGUUAAUGAGACUCAAGGAAAUAGAUGUGAGGUGGACCUCUUGAAAGAGCGGUUAGAGGCCCAGAAGUCAAGUUUGGAAAAGGUAGAAAUGCAGAAUGUAAACUUGACUCAAAGACUUCAUGAAACCCUUGAGGAAAUGAAAUGUAUAGCAAAAGAAAGAGCUGAGCUUUGGAGUGUGAAGGAGCGCCUCACGGGAGAGAGAGACCAACUGAAGAAGAGCCUUGAAGAAACAGUAACUAAAGGUUUGGAAAAAGAGGAAGAGCUAAGAGUUGCACAUAUGCAUCUGCAAGAACACCAGGAAACUAUCAACAAGCUCAGAAAGAUGGUGUGUGACUACACAGAUGAAAUAUCCCACACUCAAGGGGACUUAAAGCUCACAAAUGCUGUCUUAGAAGCCCAGAGCCAAGAACUCCAGGAAAAAGAACAUCAGCUUUCUCAAGUAAAAGUUGAUCUCAGAGAAACUAUGGAUCAAAUGGAGAAACUGAAGAAGCAGCUCGAAGCCCAGAAUUCAGCUCUGGAAAGCAUAGAAAUAGAAAAGUUAAAAUUGACUCAACAACUUAAUGAAAACCUUAAAGAAAUUACACUUGUCACUAAGGAAAAUGAUGACCUGAAAAUUAUGGAUGAAGCCCUCAGAGAAGAGCAAGACAAACUAAGGAAAAGUCUUCGAGAAACAGAAGCAAGUGAUCUGGAAAAGGAAGAAAAACUAAGAAUUGCUCACAUGAAUCUGAAAGAGCACCAAGAAAGGAUUGACAUACUCAUGGAGACUAUGUCUAAGAAGACCAAGGAAGUAUCAGAUAUGAAAAUGGAGUUGGAAACUACAAACAAUAAAUUACAAGAAAAGGUUGAAGAACUUAAGGCAAGUGAGCUUCAACUUCUUAAGUUAAAAGCAGAUGCAAGUGAAACCCAGAAGCAGCUCAAGGAGCAGGGCUUAACUCUGAGUAAGAUAGAGAUGGAGAAUUUAAAUCUGGCUCACAAGAUUCAUGAGAACCUUGAAGAAAUGAAAUCUGUCAUAAAAGAAAGAGAUGAUCUAAAGAGAAUUGAGGAGACACUCAGAACAGAGAGAGACCAGCUCAAGAACAGCCUAAGGGAAGCUGUGGUUAAGCAUCUAGAAACUGAAGAGGAACUUAACCUUGCUCAUCGUUGCCUGAAAGACCAAGAGAAGAAAAUUGACACUCUAAUAAUGAGCCUCUCCCAGAAGGAAGCUGAGCUGUCAAGUAUGCGGGGACAACUGGAGUCGACCACUGCUGAACUAGAGAGAAAGGUAAAGGUCCAAGAACUCUGUGAGAAGCAGGAACAACUUAAUCUAAGAGAAACUCGUGAGGCUCAGGGGAGGAAGGAUGAACUAGAGCAAGUCAGGGCUCUUCUCCUUGCCAAGGACACAGCCCUGCAGAGUGUGGAGAGUGACAGGCUCCACUUGAGUAAACAACUUGAGGAAAGUCAAGAGGAAAUACAACUUCUAAUUAAGGAAAGAGAAGAGCUGAGAAGAACACAAGAGGCCCUUCAUGUGGAAAGUGAGCGGCAGAAAGAGAGCAUCAAGGAAAUGGGCGCUAAGGUUGAAGAACUUAAGGCAAGUGAGCUUCAACUUCUUAAGUUAAAAGCAGAUGCAAGUGAAACCCAGAAGCAGCUCAAGGAGCAGGGCUUAACUCUGAGUAAAAUAGAGAUGGAGAAUUUAAAUCUGGCUCACAAGAUUCAUGAGAACCUUGAAGAAAUGAAAUCUGUCAUAAAAGAAAGAGAUGAUCUAAAGAGAAUUGAGGAGACACUCAGAACAGAGAGAGACCAGCUCAAGAACAGCCUAAGGGAAGCUGUGGUUAAGGCCCAUCAGAAGCAUGAAGAGACAAUGAAAUAUGGAAAGGGGUUGCUAUGUGGUGGAGAACAACACUGUCCAGGAAGACUUCGAGAAAAGUGCCUCAGGAUAGAAAAACUCCUGAAAAGAUACUCAGAAAUGGCUAGUGAUUAUGAGUGCUUUAAUAGAUUCUCUGUUGACUUGGAGAGAGAAACUAAAACCCAAAAAGAGUUGUCAAUUACUAUAAAAACAAAGCUCUCGCUUUCGUGCACACAAACCAAAGAGAUUGAAACGCUUCUUACUACAAACCAGAGAUGUUCCAUGGAAUUCCACAGAGUCCUGAAGAGACUUAAGUAUGUGUUAAGCAACAUUACAAGGGUAAAGGAAGAACAACAUGAGUUCAUCAAUAAAUUCGAAAUGGCUUUUAUUGAGGAAGUAGAAAAGCAGAAUGAACUGCAAAUUAAAAUCCAGAGCCUUUCACAGACUUACCAUAUUCCACCCAGAGAUUUACAGAUCAAACUGAGCCAGGAGAUGGACCUCCAUAUUGAGGAAAUUCUCAAAGAUUUUUCAGAAAAUGACUUCCUCACUAUAAAAACUGAAGUCCAACAAGUACUAAGCAAUAGAAAAGAAAUAACUGAGCGUUUGGAAGAAUGGCUAAAUUCUCUUGUUGAUAUAGAAAAUCUUAAAAGUAGCAUCCAGAAAGAAAACAAAAGCACUGGCCUCGUGAAUAACUUCUACCACAGCAAAAUCACUGCCAUGGUAAAUGAGUCAACAGAGUUUGAGGAAAAAAGUGCUACCAGAUGCAAAGAAUUGGAACAUUACCUGAAGUCACUGAAAGAAACAACUGAACAACUCUCUGAAGUCUACCAGACACUGAGUGCCUCCCAGUCUGUUGUGUGUUUCCAUCCUGCUGCGCAUCCUUCCACACAGGACAGGAAGAAUCCUCAGGUGGCAUCGGGAGCUAAACAACUGACCUUAAAGGACAAAUUUGCUUUAGAAGCUGUGCCCUAUAAAGAAGAAAUUGAGGCUCUCAAAAUGCAGCUGGUGAAGACUGACCUAGAGAAGAAAGCAGACGCCAAGGAAUUUGAAAAGCAAAUUCUUUAUCUAAAGAAUUCUGUUAAACAUCAAGAAGAAAUGAUAAGGCUACUGAGAGAAAAUCUUAGAAGAAAUCAACAGUCCCAGGAUAUCUCAGUGAUAUCAGAAGACUCCCAGUGUCUGAGUAAACCUCUGACCUGUGGGGGUGGCAGUGGGAUUGUACAGAACACAAAAGCUCUGAUCCUGAGAAGUGAAUAUAAAAGGAUGGAAAGUGAAAAUUCUAAGUUAAAGCAGCAAAAUGAGCAGCUAAGAAAGCAAAACAAUCAACUAUUAAGUGAUAACUCUCAACUUUCCAAGGAGAUUAAAACCUGGGAAGAAAACACUCUUAAAAGAGACAGUUACAGAGAAGCAGCUUGUGAGAAUUCUCCAAAGUCUCCUAAAGUGACUGGGACAGAUUCUAAAAGGAGACAGAACACAAUCCCUCAGUGCAGGGAACGAAAUUUCCAGGAUCCUAUGCCAAAAGAUUCCCCCAAAUCCUGGUUUUUUGAUAACCGGUCGAAGUCUCUACCAGCACCUCACCCCGUCCGCUAUUUUGAUAACUCCAGCUUAGGGCUGUUACCAGAGGAACCAGCUGAAGUAGAGAAUGUGGAGCCUAAGACAGCCCUUUGCCACGCCUCCUCGGGAAACGACGUGUCCGAGUGCAAAAUGCAGUAGAUGCCCUCAGAGCGCCCGCGGCGGCUUUCUCCAUGUGUCCACCCUGACAGUGAUGAUGUAGCCCGACUUAACUUCAGUUUAAUUCCCACUUUACAAUUAGAAGACGGAGGAACAAGCAACGGACUGAUUGCAGUUCCUUCUUACACUUGUGACAUUCCAGACAUUAACUGAAUUCUUAAUUAUUUUUAUAUAUUACAAAGAGUGUCUUGAAGGAAAUGUUUAGUCUUUGCAUAUGGUAUGACAUGUAUACAUUUCAUUAAAGUUACUCAUGUAUGAACAUUC